GUUGCUAGGGGCGUUGCCAAGGAGGGGCUCACUUCCGGGAGGAGGGCAAUUAGUAACCCGGAAGCGGUCGGCAGUGCGGCGCUGUUUAAAGAUGGCGGCGGAGGAACCUCAGCAGCAGAAGCAGGAGCCGCUGGGCAGCGACUCCGAAGGUGUUAACUGUCUGGCUUAUGAUGAAGCUAUCAUGGCUCAGCAGGACCGAAUUCAGCAAGAGAUCGCUGUGCAGAAUCCGCUGGUGUCAGAGCGGCUGGAGCUCUCGGUCCUAUACAAGGAGUAUGCUGAGGACGACAACAUCUACCAACAGAAGAUCAAGGACCUCCACAAAAAGUACUCCUACAUCAGGAAGACCAGGCCCGACGGGAACUGCUUCUACCGUGCCUUUGGCUUCUCCCACCUGGAGGCGCUGCUGGACGACAGCAAGGAGCUGCAGCGGUUCAAGGCCGUGUCCGCCAAGAGCAAAGAGGACUUGGUGUCGCAGGGCUUCACUGAGUUCACCAUCGAGGAUUUCCACAACACGUUCAUGGACCUGAUCGAGCAGGUGGAGAAGCAGACCUCAGUAGCCGACCUGCUGGCCUCCUUCAAUGACCAGAGCACCUCGGACUACCUGGUGGUGUACCUGCGGCUGCUCACAUCGGGCUACCUGCAGCGCGAGAGCAAGUUCUUUGAGCACUUCAUCGAGGGCGGGCGCACUGUCAAGGAGUUCUGCCAGCAGGAGGUGGAGCCCAUGUGCAAGGAGAGUGAUCACAUCCACAUCAUCGCGCUGGCCCAGGCCCUCAGCGUGUCCAUCCAGGUGGAGUACAUGGACCGUGGCGAGGGCGGCACCACCAACCCACACGUCUUCCCUGAGGGCUCGGAGCCCAAGGUCUACCUUCUCUACCGGCCGGGACACUACGACAUCCUCUACAAAUAAGGCACCUCCUGCUGCCUGCGCUCCCAGGAGCGUAGCCGUGUACAGAGGUUUUGUGGUUGUAAAUGGUCAUACUCACUCCCCGGCCCUGACACACACCCUCCAGGUUUUAUUAAAGGGGAAGCUGGUAGCGAGCCGCCUGUGUCGUCUCCCUGCCCAGCUGCUGCUGCUGCCUGGCUGUCCCUGCCCUUUGUGGGUCCCUGAUCUACCAGUCGUCCAAACUUUUCCAACGGGAUCACUUUGGAGGGCACUGGGUCACCCAAGGGACCCAUCCUGAGACCUGGAGUUCUGUCUUUAAGGCCUCCCCCUGCUGCCUCUGAUGGUGAAGUUCUCUGGGGCCCUGCCCCAGGCCCCCACAUCUGAGGUCCCUGGUAUGUCUAUCUCCUGGCUGUGCCCCAGCCCCUAGCUUCCUGCCCCGUGGAGUCCUGGGAAUUGGGGCCUGUGAGGUUGGGGGUGUGGUUCAGUGCAGGAGGGGCGCUGGCCUCCUAGGUGAAGCCACCUGGGGGAGCAAGCCUCUUCCUCAGGUCUAGGCAGAGGGCAGGGGUCCCAGUCUCCCCCACCCGAAGGCCCCACCUGUGCCUGCUUUGCACCCCUCUGCUCGCAUCUGGUCAGCGCAUCUGGUCAGCUCGGCUCUGCACCGCCUGGCGUUUGCCUCCCCCACCCCCUGUCCCACACAUGCAGGGCUCCUUGUGCCCUCUGGGGCAGGUCCUCAAUAAAUGUCAGUGCUGCUGCC